AGUAAGGCAUUUCAGUUUAUUUUUUUCCCCUCCUCUUUUUACAUUUAUUUUUUGUGUAAUUAAAACAUUCCUUUUUUAAAGUGGUUGUUUAGCUAUACAAACUCAUCCCAUUUAUUUUUUAUGUUGACAGAGAUUUGAUGAAUUGUUACAGCUCGCUGCUAAGGGACAACACACAAAUGUGGAUAUGUUGGUGAAAGAUAUAUAUGGAGGAGCUUACCAAAUCCUGGGAUUAACUGGAAACCUCAUAGCAAGCAGCUUUGGCAAGUCUGCCACUGCAGACAAAGGUACGACCAAUCAUGGGUUUAUAUUCAGCUAGUGUAUGUGUUUUCAUCUAUUUUAUUUAUUUUGGAAUGUUAUGGAUUAUUAGGAGUCAUUAUCUUGCUGGAAUUUCAAAGUAAAUAAAAAUUCUAAAUUUAGGCCAAUGUAGCUGGAUUAGAAAAAAUAUAGUCAGUCGGGGGCGGGGCCUGACCGCAGACUGGAACAGACGCAGGUUACAGCGGCUCCCGCAUCCGAACGCUUAUCUUGCUGAUUUUCCCUGAGCAGUGCCUGUAACCUGACAUAAUCUGGCUUACUAACGCAAGGGGACUUCACGACCUCCAAACCAAUACCACACUUCUUUACUGGCUUUGAGUGGCCAAAUCUUACGGCCUAGAAGCAUGGUGGACCCGGGGGAGACAGCCGCUUUCCCGCCACCACAACUCGCAGAUUCGGCUCCCGUUCCCCCCUCUAUGGACCGGUGGGGGUUAUCCCGGUGGCCCCACCAAUCCUUCACACACCCUGCCACUGGCUUCUAAUGUCUAUUGCAACACAGGCUAUGACUACACUGGUCCCAGAAAAAUGGUGGACGCAAAUCGACCAUCAGUGCCUGUAACCAUGCAGUCGUUGCUCAUGCAGCUGGACCUAAUACUCACCCAAUUUUGGGAGAAGCUGGAGCAGCGCACUACUCAACCACCUCCUACCCAAGGGAGGCGGAGAGGAGUGGGGAUGCGAGGCGGAACGGCCUGUCUUGGGCAAAGCAUUUCGCCCAGCUCAUAUCACAUGAGUCGCAAGCCCGCCCAGGCAGAAGGUUGCACAGAGAUCCCCUCCGAGGCAUCACCCACAUCACCGGAAGACAGUCAAAUGGGUUCACUAGAGUGCUGCAUUCAGUUUCAUAGAAUAUGUAGAGAUUGUAGUUGUAAUAGUCCAGUGAUGCAGAUGUUAAUCCAAUAAAAAAAUGAAUUACAAGAUACGAAAUUAAUCUGUUAUUUUACAUUUAUAUUUAGUAUAAUAAAUGUGUAUGUAACAUUAUUUGCCACAUUUGCAUCUCCUCUCCAUUUUGUUGGGGCUCUGUAGAGCAAUUGAGGGGCCUCAAGAAGUUCCUUUUAUGGUAGUAUUUUAUAGGACUGUAGUAGUUUUAUUAUAUCCAUUAAAGUAUUUUAUGUUUGUUUUUUUUUAUUUACUUGCAGAAUUUUCCAAAGAGGACAUGGCAAAGAGCUUAUUGCACAUGAUCAGCAAUGACAUUGGUCAGCUGGCCUGUCUGUAUGCCAAACAACAUAACUUGUCCCAAGUCUACUUCGGAGGUUUCUUUAUCCGAGGCCACCCUGUUACAAUGCAUACCAUCACCUACAGUAUCAACUUCUUCUCCAAGGUGAGAAGGUCCUCACCUGCCAUUUAUACUGGGUACCAUGCGGUGACUAAAACAAAAUGUCUUGAAGGGUGUAUUGUUUCAUGCCAAGCAACAAAGUCCCUUCUGUAAUUCUGACUUCUGCCAUAUUUGCAGGAUUAUUCACAAAAGUGUGAAUUGUAUAUAGUGUACAUUAUUUACUUGACAUUGACCUGUUCAUGCCCUUUUUUCAGGGGGAGGUUCAGGCGCUUUUUCUUAGGCAUGAAGGCUAUCUGGGUGCAAUUGGGGCAUUUUUGAAAGGAGCAGAGCAAGACAGUAAGUAUGUUUCUGAUAAUUCUAAACAGAAUGUUUUUGUGGCUUUUCGUUAAGUGAAAUUUCAAUUUACAACAAAGUAAAAAGCUGGAACCUAAAAAUCUAAUUUUUUCAGGAUUCUGUACUUUAUAAUACCUGUAUAAUAUAAUAUAAUAUAGCCAAUGUACAAGGAAAGGUCAGCACUCUUGGGACUUCUAAAUAAAACUUAACUUUAUUUGUCAAAAUAUCAACGUUUCAGUUUAAACUCUUGAAUACAUUAGCAUUGCUUGGAUAAAUAAUGUUCAAGAGAGAGAUGGUGCACACAUUAGGUAAGGGGUUUACCUGGUUUGGCAAAGGUUACAAUAUUUGCUGCCAAGAAACCAGUUGGAAAGAAUCUCUUACUCAUAUAUGCAUUAAAAACUGUCAUUUAUGGAAAUAACAUUUUAGAAAUGUUCUAUAAGAUGCCCUAAAGAGCAGUUGUAAUUACUUUGAACACACAUCAGCUGAAAUUCUAAAGAAUUCACCAAUCCUGAAGGCAAAAUCUAACAACUAAAAAAAAUCAUGAAUUUCCUCAGGAGACAGUUGUAUAGUUUUAAUAAAUUAUAUUGGUGUUAUAUAUAAGUUGCUAACUGAUGGCCUAAGGAAAAAUAAAAAUAAAAUUUUAUAUAUAUAUAUAUAUAUAUAUAUAUAUAUAUAUAUAUAUAUAUAUAUAUAUAUAUAUAUAUAUAUAUAUAUAUAUAUAUAUAUAUAAUAUUAAUAUAAUUAUUUUUCUUCUUCUUUUUUUUCAUCUCAUUGAAGUGGUCUUGGUGUAGUGUCCCUGUCCCCCUUAGUCCUGCAAUGUAAAGCAUUGCAUUGCACUAGAGGCGCAUCUGGGAGUUUAACAGGCUCUGGGUCCCCUAAUUGAGUGUCUUCACACUCUGUUGGACUAAACAAAGGAGUUGUGACGUUGGGCAGAGGCAUGGAAAUCAGCAUAGGAAGCUUUGCCUGGCACUGGGUUACAGAUAAAUGUAUUCAUUGUUUUCUACCAAAAUACAGUCUUUUGAAUUAGAAUUGUAUCUAUUUCCUCACUUAACUUAUUUCGAAUUACAGUUUCAGUCUCUUAAAUGUGGGAGAGCCAUAAGUGGGGGAAGAAUCCAGCAAUGGAUCCAAUAGCAUAUUCAAAUCCACAGUUACAAUAACCUUUCCUGUUCUCAGACCCGGAUACCCUUUUAAGAAAAGGAAAUUGCCCAACCAGUGGCGUACACACGAUCCAUGGGGCCCCGGUGCGAAAAUUGAUCCAUGCCCCCCCCCAUGCUUACUCUGCGCGGGCCGGGGCCGCAACACAUGGCGGCAGGCACCUGGUCGCAGGGCUGCGACCACAGUAUGUACGCCAGUGCAUGCAGAUACACAUACACUUAAAGGACCACUAUAGGCACUCAGAUCACUUCAGCUCAAACUGCUAUGUUUCACUGAGGGUUAACCCAGCCUCUAGUAGCUGUCUGACAGCCGCUAGAGGCGCUUCCACGAUUCUCACUGUGAAAAUCACAGUGAGAAGACGCUGGGCGUUCAUAGAAAAGUAUUGAGUAAUGCUUUCCUAUGGGCGGUUUGAAUGCGCGCGUGGCUCUUGCCGUGCAUGCGCAUUCGGAGCUGAGAGGCGGAACGGGGCGGAGAGAUCUCCAGCGUCGGGCUUCCUUGGGUAAGUGCUGAAGGGCUUUUAACCACACACUCUCUCAUGAAUAGACGCAUACACACUAGCUAACACACACACACUCUCCCUGACAAACACACACUCUCCCUGACAAACACACACUCACUAACAGACACCAAACAGACUCACUAACAGACACACAGUAACACUCACUGACACACAAACUAACAGACACACACAAACUAACACACACACACACAAAAACUAACACACUCAAUAACAGACACACACCAACACACUCAGUAACACACACACACACACACUCUGACACACAAAAACUAACACACAUACACAGUCUACACACAAAACUACCGUAUAUACUCGAGUAUAAGCCGACCCGAAUAUAAGCCGAGGCCCCUAAUUUUACCCCAAAAAACUGGGAAAACUCAUUGACUCGAGUAUAAGACUAGGGUGGGAAAUGCAGCAGCUACUGGUACAUUUCUAAAUAAAAUUAGAUCCUAAAAAAAUUAUAUUAAUUGAAUAUUUAUUAACAGUGUGUGUAUAUGAUGAAUGCAGUGUGUGUGUGUGUGAGUGCGCAGUGUAUGUAUGAGUGCAGUGUGUGUGUAUGAGUGCAGUGUGUGUGUAUGAAUGCAGUGUGUGUGUGUGUGUGAUGCAGUGUGUGUGUAUGAAUGCAGUGUGUGUAUGAGUGCAGUGUGUGUGUGUAUGAAUGCAGUGUGUGUGUAUAUGAAUGCAGUGUGUGUGUAUUUUUAUAUAAAAAAAAAUAAAUAAUAAAAUUAUUAUUUAUUAUUUUAAUUUUUUGGGCUAUAUUAUUUUUUUAAUUAUUUUUUUAUUUAUAUUUAUAUAUUAUUAAUUAAUAUUAUUUUAAUUUUUUGUUAUUAUUUUUUUUAUUAUUAUAAAUUUAUUUAUUUUUCGUCUCCCCUCCCUGCUUGAUACAUGGCAGGGAGGGGGGCUCUCCUUCCCUGGUGGUCCAGUGGCAUUGGCAGUUCAGUGGGGGGAGGAGGGGGCUGGCAGAGCUGUUACUUACCUCUCCUGCAGCUCCUGUCAGCUCUCUCCUCCUCCGCGCCGGUCCGUGCAGCUCCUCUCUCAGCUCACACUGUAAGUCUCGCGAGAGCCGCACUAUGACCCCGCGGCUCUCGCGAGACUUACACUGGGAGCUGACCGAGGUGCUGCACGGACCGGCGCGGAGGAGGAGAGAGCUGGCAGGAGCUGCAGGACUGGUAAGUAACAGCUCUGCCAGACCCCAGUCUGUAUUAUGGCAAUGUAAAUUGCCAUAAUACAGACAGUGACUCGAGUAUAAGCCGAGUUGGGGUUUUUCAGCACAGAAAAUGUGCUGAAAAACUCGGCUUAUACUCGAGUAUAUACGGUAUUUUUUUUUUUUUUUUCCUACCUUUUGGGAGUGCUGAGGGGAUUCCAGAUUUCCCUUUGGUCCAGUGGGGCUGCUGGACGGCUGGUCCUACAGGCGGCGAGGGAGCACUGAUCCUCCUGUUCAGCUCCCUCACGUGCCGCUUACUGAUGCCGGAGUGACAUUAUAUUCCGUCUCCGGCAUCACUGCGCUGCCCGUGAGGGAGCUGGGCAGAGAGCGCUCAGGGGAAAAUGCUCGCUUGCACUUCCACGCACCCGCAAAGUGACACCACUGCCAGCCUCGGAGGGCCUUAAGGUGGCCAGCUCCUGGGCCCUCCAGGAGAAGAGACUGGCGUACAUACCCGGGUCACAGGGCGGACGGGGCCCGGUCGCAGCUGCGACCCCUGCGAACGCGGUAUGUAUGCCAGUGUGCCCAACAUUUGGCAAAUAUACAUUUACAACAGUGUAAUCAAGGACAUUACUAGAACAUUAAACUAUAUUAUAAUCUUUUCUUAAAGCGGGAUUGUCACGGUUUAGGGACUUUGGCGAAUUCACAAAGAACCCUACUAGGUGAAAGUGAGAUUUAUUUACUGGAACCUGUCCCUCACAAUCCCAGCUAUCUUGUUCCGAUUGGGUUCUCUUAAAUAUUACGUCACUGCUGCACUCUCGUGCAUAUGUGUAGUAUAAAAGUACUGAUUCCUGCUGAAAAACCGUAACAUGAUGCAAUUCUACAAAGCUAAAAAGAUUUAAUAGGCAGUGGCCAUGAUGCUAUGUGUGUGUGUGUGUGUGUAUAUGUAUGAGUGUGUGUGUGUGUGUGUGUGUGUGUAUGAUGUAUGUAUGUAUAUAUUUAGUUUUUUCUGAAACCACAUACACUUUAAUUUGCCUUCAUACCUUGUUAUUAAUUGCAUAACUAGUGUCUUGUUUUUCACCUUUAGAUCCUAACCUUUAUAGCUGGGGAGAAAAUUACGCUGGGAGUUCUGGUCUCAUGAGCACAUCCCCAGACAUCUACCCUAUGCAGCGCUCUCGAAGCGGAACGGUGAGCAAGGAUAUUAACUGUGAUGAAAACCUCCUUUCCUCAAUACAGUAACUGCAGUCAAUGUUUCAUUAUAUCUCAUUGGAUUUCAGCUGCCUAAACACAUAUACAAUAGUCUCUUAUACAAUCAGUAUAUUUGUAUGAGUGGUCUCUUCAUUUCCUAUUUCAUGGGGUCAUUACGAGGCAAUAUCUUAUAAAGUAUUGUGUCUUUAAACAACCGUGAAUUGCUGAAAAGCUAUUAUUUUUUCUGGGGAAAAUAAUAAUUGAAAUGUUCAGGAUUAAUAUAAGAAAAUAUGUGAUGUACAGCUGUAAAAAAAAAAAAAAAAACCAAUGCCAGGUCAGCACAGUCCUAAUGAAGGGAACAUUUGCUUAAAACACUGCUGAUAUAUUGCUGGUGCCCCUGUAUGUGAGAACUAGCCACCUGCAAAUCUUGUAUCCUCUCCUGCAUUCUGAUUGCUGCUACCUAUCAAUCGUCAUUCUUUACUGGUUGCUUGAACACCGCUUGUUAUCUGGCCUGUACAAAUUAACCAACAGCCCUGACCUAUAUAAUCAUGAUCACACUAUAUCUGUAACCACACACAUUGCCCUGAUGCUACAGUUACCCCUUCUUCUUUAAUCAGACCUUUUAUCCCUUUUUUGUUUGUUUACUCCCUGUGCGUCUGUUUAUUCCAAAGGAGUCGAUCUCAAUCCAGUCAUUCUCUAAUAGCCCUAUCAUCUCCUUUCACUUGGUUUCCAUAUUAAAUAACAAUAGAGACCAUAGCCAUGACAUGAAGAUAGAAACAAUGUCCAACUUCGCUUAAAGAGACACUCUGGGCACGAAUACAACUUUAAUACAUUUGAUAGAAUUUGGCCUCAUUUAUAUGCUGAAUUUUUUACAUGCUCAAUUCUUUAUUUUAUUUUGCAGAAAAUAAAAAUAAAUGUUUCAGAAUGUUGCACCAUAACCUGCCUCUUUAGUCAAAUGCUCAUGCCAGAAAAAAAAACUUCCUUAUCAAAUGUAUGCACACAGUCUCAGCCCCAGCAGUACUGACUGAGUUGCUUUUAAUUCACAGCAACAAUAAAUGGUUAUUCCUUGCUAUAUGUCUACCUGGGUAUCCGCUUCUAAUGCUAAUCUGUUUUGUAGCUCAGAUCUUGUGUGAAUACAUUUGCUAAGGAAGUAUUUUUUUGGAGUGAGGGGGUGUGGCUGAAAAAGGCAGGCUUAUGGUGCAGCAUUCUACAAAACAUUUGUUUUAUGCAAAAAAGAUAAAGAUUUGAGAAUGCAAAACAAUCGGCAUAUUAAUGAGGCCAACCCUUAUAAAAUACAUUGGAGUAGUUGGUGCCCAGUAUGGAUUGACCAAUAUUAUUAUUUUUUUUUUUUUUUUUGUUUUUUUUAAGGUCUGAUAUUGAUAUCGGUGGCAUUUUGAGUACAUAAACCAGUAACUAGUACCGAUAUACGUCCCCUGGUAGUCCAGUGGCUUUGUACAGGCUGCUGGGGGGAUAACAUAUGCAGCCUUCUCUUGUGCGCGUAUUAGAAGAGUAUAUGUGUAACACAAAACUGGAGCCAAAAAAAUAAUUUAAGUGGGGAGGGGGGAGGGGAGGGGUCUAAAGCAUCAUGCAUUUUGGUGCAAAAUAGCACUUUAACAGGAAUGAAGAAAAAAUAGCAACAAUUGUAAAUCCCUAAUUUGCUUGCUUAAAUGUAAGGAAAAAAACAAAACAAAACCCAACAUUUUAUUCCCCUUCUCCCUGCCUUUUACCUGUGGCCAGGGAGGGGGGAAUUAUGCUGCCUGGUGGUGCAGUGGCUAUGUGCAGGCUGACAGGGGGUUUAAGAUUGUAGAGUGGGGUGCCUGGCGCGUUGUUGGAGAGAGGACCUGCUGGAAACAGAAGAUAGCGACUACUUGGUCCAAGCCUCCACCUCUACGAAGUGUGUGGCACCCAGGUCAGAAAACCCGCUCCUCCACAGGUAUAGACAAUAAUUUAAACUGAUACCGAUAUGUGCCAAAUGCCUAAUAUUGGCCAGUAUUAUCGACCAAACUGAUAAUCAGUUGAUCCCUAGUGCCUGGAGUGUCCUGUUAAUUUACUUUUUUCUCUUUGGAGAAAUAAGGUGUUUAAUCUCACCUUUUCUCCAACGCCGAUCUGGUCAAACAUGAUCUCCGCAAAUCCAAUGCUUUCCAUUAGGAAAGCAUUGGAAGGCUAUUGCGCAUGCCCAGCAAAAUACUGCACCAAUCAGCAUCUCCUCAGACGCGUUGAAUCAACACAACUCUGUGGGGAAGUUUAGAGUCUCCAUGCAGAGUGUGGAGACAUUGAACGUGCAGCACUGACCCAGGAAGCACCUCUAGUGGCCAUCUGAGUGAUUGCCACUAGAGAGGCAAGUAGGCAGCAAUACAAACACCGCCUUUUCAUGCUUUACCAAGUUCACACGUGGAAACAUGAUUUUCUGAAGUGGGGGAUAAUUUUGUGAUGAAGUGUUCGUUUUGAAAUCUACUGUAUUGUGAAAAAGAGGUUUAUGCAUUUUAAUCCGGUCAGGGCAAGGGGAUAAGGAAAAUCUUUUGAUGUAAUUAAUCUCCUAACAUCUCAUCUGUCUUGAAUGGAUUAAAAACUGCUUUUAAAUUUGUUUUAUGUAGCAAGUUCCGGUCAAGCAAUGUUGUUUGAAUUCUAGAGACUUCAGUAAUCAUUCCUACAUUUAGUCACUGCAUGCAUUGCAUUCAAACCUGAUCAUUAAAUGGUUUUCAUGUUAUAAAAUGUGUAUUUGCUUUGUAUACAUCUCAUUUUUUGUUUCCCUUCUCCCCCCAUUUCCACCUUUUAUCAUCUUUACCGUCAGUUUCCAGUAAGUGACUUCCUGAAAGUCGUUGCUUUUGUUGGAUUUGUCUGUUUGUUUAGUAGUGCCAAGAUUUUCUUUCUUUUUUUUAUUUUUUUAUUAUUUAUUUAUUUAUUUAUUUUUCUACUUCACAUCGGUAGCAGUUGGUUGUCACUCGCGUGUUGUGUUGCUUGACUCCCAAAAUGCUUUGCCAGAUUUCUGAUGUUUUUAAUCUCAAAUUAUUUUGUUGCAUUUAAGCAUGUGGUAAUAUUUUCUAGUAAAUAAACACUUAACUCACUUAACUAGAAUUACAAGAUUCUAAAAUAAAUAUUUGCUUGUGUGAGUGUAACAAAAAACACUGCACUGAAGCAUGGUGACUCCAUCACAGGAAAAAGUGGCACGUAGUUCAAACAAUUCAAAAACAAAUUCUCCCACCCCCACCCCUAAAUAAACUGGUAGUAUCUCUUUAAUUUCCACGUUAUAAGUGAGCACACCUGUAUGAACAGCUGCAUUCUCUGGGGAAGCAAAAAACGAACUACUUCCUAUGCUUUGAAGUGCCCUCUCGUUGUGUAAGAUUAUUUAGUUUCGAUGAAUUCAAAAUUGGAGAUUUUACUUCCUCACGUCCUUUUUAUAAAAGCAAUUCACUAAAGAGAAGUUAAUUUUGUGGGCAAUUUUUAUAAUACAGAGUUCACAUGUAAAAGCAGUAAAAAUGUUGUACGCUUACCUUGGUGCACCCACAAAGGGCAUUGUAGUGAAUGUGUGCAUUCCCAGGCAUGGAUCCAUGUGCAUAUGUUUUCGAUAAUCUUUAAAUCUUAUGAAAUGCAAAAAUGAUUUCCUUUUUAUUUCCCAGUUUCUAAAUAUGUUGUUUUAACUUUUCUUAACUUCUCUAAAGCAUUGCUUCACAAACCUGUCCUCCUUUAGAUUUUGAUAGCUCCAAUGGCACAUAAUUGGGUUAUCUCAAAGUCCUGAACUAUUACUGGACCUUGAGGUCUGGUCUGAGAACCAAAGAUGUAAUAUCAGUUGCUUACAUCCACAUAAGACCAUUUUUUUGUGCUCUCUAGUUCGACAUGCUGGAGAUGGAUCGUUUGGAGAGACUGGUAGUGAAUCUUCCGUUACUCUACGACCCAACCUCUUAUAUCCCCGAUACAGUGGAUCUAACAGAGGAUUCUAUGGCAAGAGAGUACUGGCUUUCAUGCUUUGAGGAAGCUUUGGAAGGGGUAAGUAACAAAAGGAAUGUACAUAUUGCAACAAGAUGGUCUGUGAUAGUAAAGUUACCCUGGCACUCUGUGUUUCAGAACUACAUUUCAUAUGAAGCUCAACCAAUUUUAAAGGGCUACUAUAAACUACAAACUUAAGCUUAAUGAAGCAGUUUUGGUGUAUUCAGUGUCACAGCUCAAUUCUCUGCCAUUUAUUAGUUAAAUCACUUUGUUUAUACAGCUCCAGCCACAUGACUUGCACAUCCUUCCUAAACACUUCCUGUAAAGUGAGAUCUAAUAUUUACACUUCUUUUAUUGCAUGUUCUGUUUCCUUUAUAAUAUAUUAUUUCAUGUUCUAUUUUAGCUUGCUAGAACUUGCAGGAUUCUCAUGUCUGUGAUAUUUAUAGAGCAGGAGAUUAAAUUUCCUUAAAUAAGUUAACGUGUGAUUGAAAAUGAAAGAUUUUUUUUAAAUGCAGGCUGUGUCUGUCACAGCCAGGAGAAGUGUCACUAGGGCUGCAUAAACAGAAACAAAAGUGAUUUAACGCUGGCAGAGAAUUGAACAGUGAGAGUGCAGGGGCAUGAUAUAUGCACCAAAACUGCUUCAUUAAGUUGUUUUGGUGACUAUAGUUUCCCUUUAAAUGAACACUUCAGCAUUAGAAAUAAAUGGCCUAAGGACAAAAAUGUUACUUGCCUCUAAUCCAGAGGCCAAAUGGUAUCCUUGCUGCAGUUCCACUCCACUCCUGGGAAAUCCUUAUUAGAGAAGCAUUGGGGUCCUGUGGCACAUGCAUGGCAAUUGUAGUGUUGCACCAAGCAAAUGCUUCUUAUUGAGAAGCAUUGAAUCCAGUGGUUCUCUAUGAGAGGCUCCCACUUCUCAUAGAAUGAGGAAGACAACCAUCCAGGAUGGUGCAAUGUAGAAUGUUUAUAAAAGUGUGUAUUUCUCUUGAAGUUAGCACUUUUAUAAAAGACAAAGUGGAUGCUCUGAUCAGCCAUAAAGCAAUUAAACUGAGUGCUUUAGUGGUUUACAGUGUUCCUUUAAUUUCAAGUGAAUUGUAGUUCAUAAACAUCUGGAGUGCCAAGGAUUAUUGUCUCUGGUCUGCGGCAUCAUAACAAUUUCCAAAUUCUUUAAUUAUCGCAAUUAUAGCUGUGACACGGCAUAUACAGCAAAUCUCUGGAUUAUUCUAUGCUAGCACGGAAAACAUUAAUGAAAAUAUUGCAUGUCUUUGCCCUGGGGUUAAUCAUGGCAAGAUAUUGCAUCAUUCACGAGCACAUGCACAUAUUUUAUGUAUCAUGCUGCCACCUUGUGGUUUUAGUUUAUAUGUCCUACAACACCCUAUACUGAGUAAGAGAAUGAAAUGGCUUUAUGCACUAAGCCUGAUAUAAAGCUAAAACAAUAUGGAACACAAAGUACAAGACUUAAAAAUAAAUAAAUCAACUUGUAUGCCACCUUCACGUAAAAUGCCCAUCCCAUAAAAAAUGGAAGUAAUUCCUUCUGUGUUUAAAUAAGGACGGCAGGUCCAAGUGUAUCCAUUGACAAGCAAGUCAUCUAUGCUUAUUGAAGAAACAUCCUUACUUAUUAACAUGCAGCUCUUUGAGAAAACCUAUUGGUAGGUGAAAACGUCCAUUUGCCAUAUUUCCACGGUACCUGCUAAUUUGAAGCAUUUCUCCCUAAAAUCCACUGGCAAACUAAAUGGUUAAAACUUAAAAUAAGGAUACUUCAAUCUGGAUGCUUACUUACUAAUAUAAUUUACAUUGAGCAAUAUUGGUCUAGUUCUAUCCUGCCAUUUGGAAACGUCAUAGAUAAUUGGUGGGCAAUAGACAUAUGUAUUAGUUGGAAUUUGAUUUUAAAAAAUUGUUUCUUUUUAAAACUGAUCGAUUCGCCAGAAAACUCCUUUUGAUUAGUUUUUAAUGGAUGAAAGUUGGAUUUUUUUGUUUGUUUUUUAGAAUUCACGUUUAAAGUUGAAACAAUUCCUUUUAAAAACAAACACACACACACACACACACUCACAAUGUCACAGCAUUGAAAACAUAUUUUUCCUCUUAUUUUUAAGGUGGCGAAAAGAGCUGUUGCCAGUCAGCCAGAUGCUAAGGACGCAACAGAUCGAGCAGAAAAGUUCCAGCAGAAGUACUGGAAUAAGCUACAGACACUGCGACACCAGCCCUUGUAAGUUUCUCAAGUCUACAAACACUGGCCACAAACAAAGGACAUUAUAUAUUUUAAGAUGUGUGUUAAAGGGAAUUGGUGUCAAAUGUUGAGGAAGGAGGAAGUUUAGAAAAUUAUACCCAUUUUGCAAAUGUUGGGUGACCACACAGCCACAAAGAAUUUAAAUGCUAUAUUGUAUGAAAACAUUACUCGGUAGAGGAAGAGAUUGCCGAUCUGGGCUGAUUUGACUACAGGGUAACUGGCUCUUAUAUAAAUAUGGCUCCUUAUACAAUUAUCUCAUUCUGCUCAGGCAGUAUAACUAUAGCAGUGUACUUGGGUCUGUGCCUCUGAAUCCCAGGGUCCAGAGACCAGCUAUCCUAGUUUCUAGAAGAGGAUCAAGCGUUUCUCGUUCCCUUUUGAUGCAUGCUGUGUUACAGAAAGUAGGUGUGAGGUACAUGAUGUCCUAUUAUGGAGGCUCCUGCUUGUGCAAGCAGAACAUGCAUAAAGGAAAGAGGAAAGAAGUAGGUGCUUUGUGGUGCCAACCUCUGCCGGCUGUGGAAAAAAGUGGAUCUUUAAUCUGGAGAGUGUCGGUAAAAUGUAAAUUUACAAAAAAGACAAAUUUGAACAGCUCCUGAAUUGUGAGUUUGAAAUUAAUUUGGUUGCUCCUGGUUUGAGAAUAUUUUAGUCCUAAUUGAAAUCAUAGUCAUGGACACAGAGAGAACGACAACCCCACUAAUAUGUUGCUGGAUUGAGCUAGUUUCAGCAGCUCCUUCAUAGAUUGUAAGCUCUUUUGAGCAGCGCCUUCUUCUUCUCUUGUCUCUAAUAUUUUGUAUGUCAAUUACUUGUCAGACAUCCCUGUUAUGUAAUUGUAAAGCACUGUGGAUUAUGUUGCCAAUAAGAAUAGAAAGAGCUUUGAGCAUGGUACUGACAUGUUUAUGGUCUGCAAAAUUCUGUAAUCAAGCCCAUUACACACAACAACCAUGUUAUCAACGUUUCCUGCAACAGUAGUACAGUAUUGAUAUAGGGCUUGUGUCCUGCCAAGGUGGGUUAUGUCUUUUGACCCUGUUUCUGAAUGGAAAGGAACAUUUACAUGUUGUCCUGUUAAAAUCCAUCAGGGACAGGUUUGUAUAGCUACAGAGGUUUCAGUGCUGCACCUUACAUCACAGGGAACAUGUUUGAGAUGGAUGGAGGAUAGUUGCUGCCAGGAAAAUGUAUUUUAGCUUGGCAGGCAUGUCAGCCAGUUGGCUCCCAAUUGAUCCUAUGCAUUAUUGCAAAAUAAACGUUAGUGCACUUUUUCUCUAAAUACACACGGCCCAGUUGUUUUGUAUCAUUGUUCACUGUGAUCCCAACAAAAUCUAAAUUAAAAGUGAGUAAUAACUGCCAUCCCUUUUGAAAUGAUGGUUAGGAGAACCAAGAUUUUAUAGGGUUGUUAACCAUGUGGCUGGUGCAAGGGACGCAUGGAGGUUGCAGUUAUUUAUUUUAUUCACAUAUCGUAUGUGAUUCCUGCACCCAUCUUUCUUCACACUCUUCUCAGUGCCCAUCCUCUUUCCUAAGCCACUCACGUCCACCUGAGUAUACGAAAAUGCCAAGACUUGCUCAGCCACACGCGACCACCCCUGCCAUUCUCACUCACGCAUGCAAUUACCAGUACUCUGUUCUCAAUCUAUCUCAGCCUAGCAUGUCUAAACCAAUCUAACAAGCCUCUAGAACAUGUUCUCUCGCAGAGUACAGUCUUUGAAAUCCUCUCUCCGGAUCUAACUAGCAGAUAGAGAAUAGCUACUAUGUGCAGCUUGGAGCAGGACAAUAGAUCAAUUAAAUGAAGAUAGCAUCAAUAUAAGAUGAUGUACUCUCUGCCAGCUGCCUGCCUGAAUUUGUACAGUGUAAUACAUUGGCUGCCAAAGAGUUCACUUAAGCCAGUCUGUAAAAUGUAGAGUUGUCCUUUGCUUUCCUUGUACUGUCCACUCCCUCCUGCUGUACAUUAUUAUGGGCCUAGUACAUGGAUCUGUUACAGGAGCAUAGACGUAGAGCUGCAGCUCCACCAGCCCUAUGUCUGGCCCUGCAUUCAUGUUGUUUAAAGGAGCACUAUAGGGUCAGGAACACAAAUCUGUAUUCCUGACCCUAUAGUAUUAAAACCACCAUCAAGCCCCCUUGGCCUCUCCCUUGCCCCCCUAAAUAUAGCAAAAUCUUACGUUUAUUCAGGUCUACAGCUGCUGCUUCUGCCCCUGAUCUGCCUGCUUGGCUGACAUCAUCAGAAGUUGUUAUCUGAGCCAAUCUCAAUGCUUUCCCAUAGGAUUGGCUGGGACUGUCAAGGAGGCAGAUCGGGGCAGAGCCAGCACACGUCAAAACACAGCCCUGGCCAAUCCACAUCUCCUCAUAGAGAUGCAUUGAACAAAUGCAUCUCUAUGAGGAAAGUUCAAUGUCUCCAUGCAGAGGGUGGAGUCACUGAAUGCCAGUACUGCACAGUGUGCAGCACUGCCCAAGGAAGCAGUCAUCUGAACAGUGGCCAGUAGAGGUAUCAUUAGGCUGUAAUGUAAACACUGCAUUUUCUUUGAAAAGAUAGGGUUUACUGCAAAAAGCCUGAACAUAUACAAUUAACUGUAGUUGUUCUGGUGACUAUAGUGUCCCUUUAAUGUUACUUUCCUGGUCAAUAAAAGUAAAAAUUGGCAUGUUCCUAAACUAUUGUGAAUCGGGGGUUGUGUCACUGGUUGUUCAGCCAGCAUUUCAGAUCAGUAGGAAGUCACUGGAUGAUACUCAAAUGCUUGUGCACAAUCCUAUAAUAGAAAGUGCCUGCUCAUGUGUGAUUUUUCACAAGAACAUUUGGUAGAGAUGUUCUUUAGUUAUAAUGAUCAGCCUUGGAACCCCAUAUGUUUGUGAACUAGAGAAAUGUAUUCUCAAUACUAUGUGUUUGUGUAACCCAGUAUCAUACUUUUUAAUAGUAUAACCCAUUAUACAAUUACUUGGCCUUCUGCAUCAUUCCACGUUCCUUAUUGGUUUCUCUUCUUGUCUCCUAGUGCUUAUGGUUCACUAACAGUACGCAGUUUGUUGGAUACACGGGAACACUGCUUAAAUGAAUUUGAUUUUCCAGAUCCCUAUUCAAAGGUGAGUAAAUUUGGUUUUAUUAUUAUUUUCGGUUAUUUCUGAUCUGUCCAUAUAUUGAUUUUAUUGUAAAUAAACUAUAGGAACAGAUUAAAAAUAAAUUGCCCCCAUGUCAGAGUCUGUGCAUGCUUACCUGUUCUUUACUCUUAUACGUCUGAGAGAACAAAAUCUUAAACCACAUCCUUCCGUCGUGGGUUUCUGGAUUGUAAAAUUAGGGUUGACUGAUUUGCAGUUUAAAAAUGCAAACUUUAACAUGCGUAGGGACAGCAUAGGCCAGGCAUAGGCAACCUUCGGUACCCCAGAUGUUUUGGACUACACCUCCCAUGAUGCUUUGCCAACAUUAAGAUUGUAAGAGCAUUAUGGGGGAUGUAGUCCAAAAUAUCUGGAGUGCCAAAGGUUGCCUAUCCCUGGCAUAGACCAAGACCUGCGUAGUGGUGAGCUUUUUGUUUUCCUAUUAUUUCAACCAUUGCAUGAAUAAUAUAUGGUGCUGGGGCUGCAUGUGCCGUGCCUUUCAGCAGUGUAGUAGCCUACUUUUUAAAUGGCCAUACAUUAUGUACAAAGCUCCGAUUUAUUAUGAACUGGAUUUUCUUGCGUUAGCUACCAUGGUUUAUGGUAGAGUAGAAGCUCAGCUGAACAAGAGACUGAGUAACUACACAAAUCAUGGUGACAGUUUGCUCCCCAUUGACACAAUUGGGAGAAUAGUCCUGUUUGGGGAAGUGUUCCCAAGCACAGCCAAGUACCUAAAUGGCCGUAGUGACCAUGAUAUGUAUGUUCGGCAUUGUCACAUGCCGAAGGACUAUCUUCAUGGUUAAAUUAUUGAGAUAUCGUUUAAUCCUGGAGUUAAUACAGCACCUGCCACCAUAACAACCUUAAUGAGGAGAACUUGUGAUCGUGGGAGUAAUUUCUUAUUAUAUAUAUGUUUUCUUCUCUUUCACAGGUAAAGCAAAAAGAAAAUGAUUUUGCCUUAAAAUGUUAUCAGAGCGUUAUCAAAUCUUUGGAUGCACUGGGCUGGGAAGAGAAGCAGUUUGCGUUGGUGAAGGGACUUCUGGCAGGCAAUGUCUUUGACUGGGGAGCCAAAGCAGUUUCUGUGUAUGUGAUCAAGGUUUCUAAAUGCUAUAGAUAUACUUUUAUUUGUCAUGCACAUUACAGCCAGUUAUUCACUAAACUCCAAAUUGUAGCAAACCUAGCUUUUAUUUUAGCAAUUUGGCUUCGGUUUGCCAUAUUUCAGAGCUGGGUAAAGACCCUGUGUGUUGUCAUUGCUGCAGGGCUCAUUAAUGUAAUAUUGUAUGUGAAUGCAUAAUAGAGUUCCACAACAAUAAAACUCUAAUAUAAUUUCAUUAUUUGCCUAUCCAGCAUUACUCUCUAAUUGUUUACGUCUUCACAUGGGUCGCCCUUUCCCCAGUUGGGCCUCUCUUGCCAUAAUUCCCUAAUGUCCUUCUUCCCCACUUCCUGCCCUCUUGUCGAUAUUUUAUCCCCACCUCCUGUCCCUCUUCUCAUAUUCUGCCCCCACACCUUCAACUUUUUCCAUGUUCCAUGCAUACACAAUAAAUAUUGCUUGCACCUGGCAGAGAAUGGGUUACAAUUCUGGUACUCCUGUUUGGUAACCCGGCAUGGGUCCCUGUCAGGCGUCACGAGAGGGCACUUGCCCUGUUGCUCACCACCUGGAUCCAUGCCUGAUUCCACCUCUUAUAAGGUUCUAUGCUUAGCUUGUAUUUUAGCAAAUUGACAAGAGAAUUUGAAAUGUUUGGCCAAUUUUCUCUUUUUUUAUUUUUUUCCAAGCUUGGCUAUUAUGGCCUUUGUUGGAUAUUAUAUAAUACAAAUACUGAGUUAUAGCGAGUGGCUUCAAUGAAAAACCAAGUACUAACACCACCAAUGUGGUAACCCCUCAAUCCACAUAAAAAUCAAAACACAUACAUACAUACAAAUUUGGUGGAGUAUCUUGGUAUACAGUGAAAUGGCAUAUAAUGCACAGUAAAAGCUGUAAAGACAAAAAUAGCGAAACCUAGUGCAAUAUUGUAAAGUAUACAAGUGGCUUGAAGUAUAAUAAUGUGAUUGGUACUCACAAACCAAGGGCCAAAAGGAACUGGCUCAAUUCAGGCACCUAUGGGGUAGUUGUAUAGAAACAGCUGCUACACAGAAAGGGAGUGGGAACCCUUACAACUACCCCACAGGUGCCUGAAUUGAGGCAGUUCCUUUUGGCUCUUGGUUUGUGAGUACCAAUCACAUAUUAUACUUCAAGCCACUUGUAUACUUUACAAUAUUGCACUAGGUUUCGCUCUUUUUGUCUUUACAGCUUUUACUGUGCAUUAUAUUCCAUUUCACUGUAUACCAAGAUACUCCACCAAAUUUGUAUGUAUGUGUUUGUUGGAUAUUGCCUGGUCAAUUCCUGGUGAAUAAUGCUAUCAGUGUUAUUUAUCUAGAUAUGUAAAUAAAGCCCCACUGAUCUGUUCAUCUGUUUCACUCAAAGCAAUGAUCAGAUUAUGCUCACCAGCUGCUGCUUACUGGUCUCAAUGGAUAAAGAAUUCAGCAUCAAAGAUUAAAAUGUAGGCAUUUAAUAGGAUGUUUCAUUUUCAGAGGGUAUUGAUGUAUGUGUAAUACUGAUUUAUUUUACUUUCUAAAAGGGACUCUUUUAUCAAUAAACUCGCUUCAACUCAUUGACUAGGUUAUAGGAUCUAAGAUCCUUAUCCCUUCAUUCUGUGUAAGACCAUUUUCAACUUGUUUAAAAGUAAAUAAGAGUCCCAGGCUGCCUACAGCUUGCCCCCCCCCCACUGGAGGUAUUGCAAAGGCAGAGCUUACCCUCUUCCUUCUAGCUGUACAUAAAGACAUUCUCAAGCUGUGCCUUAUGAGGUUUAUGGUGUUCGCAUAGGAGAAACACGAGGGAGCAAACACAGGACAGUGGGAUAGGAGUCCAUAUUUGGGCUUGUCCUGCUGAACCAAGGACUUUUGGGAGAUAUUAAAUUAAAGUUUGUAGGUGUUUUGAAAGUGAAGCAUUCAAAUAACAAUGACGAUGUAAAGAUGUGCUUGCAGUUCUGAAUUUAGACCACUAGAUGUCACUUGUGUCCAGGUUAGCCAUUCUUUGCGCUGAACUGAGAAGCUGUUUAUAUAAUUCAGUUUAGUAUAUUGCAUACCUCCCAAUUGUCCUGGAUUCAGUGGGGCCAACCUGCAUUCAGGAUUAAUUCCCCCGGGCAUCUCACAUCUGGAGAUGCCAGGGAAAGGUCCCCAAUUAGUAAAGUGUGGGCGUAUCAUUAUAUUCGCAGCUCAGUUACAUUGGGUUACUCAGGCCAUGGGCAGGGAGCUUCAGAACACCUUUUGCAGACAUUAUCCCUUCCCAUUAUUACUUCCUCUUCUAUCCUGUACCUGCUUGUCUCACAUCCAUAUCUGCCAUUGUUGGGAGGGAUGGCACUCUCCUCCAUAGAUAAAAUGUAUCAAUUAAUCAUAGGCAGGGUUACUGACAGAGGGGAAUUGAAGUGGACAUACUGGUAAUGCCUGAGUUUUAAUUUAACAUUUGUGACACUUCCUUUUUUUGUGCUGUGUGUGUGUGUCACUUGUUCGUUGGUUCGUUCGUUCAUAUAUUUUAGGUAGAAAGAGGAGUUCCAAUUGCUGGGAUUUCUGGCCAAUGAAUACAUUGAUGCUUCUGAAAACAUAUUUAAAGUGUUCCUAUUUCUUACAUUCCAUUCAGAGUCCUGGAAUCUGAUCAGCAGUUUGGAUUUGAAGCAGCAAAAAAGAAGUUACAAGGUAUGACAAAGGUAUCCUGUAGUGCUGGUCAGAGGUCAGCCAGAUUUCUAUACUACUUUUAUAAUGUGUUAUGUGUAACUCUACUCUGUCCCGGAGUUCUGCUUUCAUCAUUUCCACCUGACUUAUACUUGAGGUGUUGCUCCCAAUGUUCUGCUUGCAGUGUUCCUCCAAGAUAUCUACUUAGUGUUCUGUGUACUUAUUAUUUGUUAAUAACACUUCUAGUUGUUUGUUUUUUGUUUUUUUUGUGUGUGUUUUUUUUUUCUAUUUGCUACAAUGUCUUUAGAACACUAGAUGUGACCUGUAUUUUGUUGACUUUUGUCCCACAGCACGACCUUGGCUGGUAGACACCUAUUGUAAAUGGAUAGAGCGAUUAAAGGUACAGUUGUAUUAUCUGCAAUGUUUUAUAUCUUUUAUAUCAUCCUUCUCAUUGGGUUGGGCAUGAUAUGUAGACUUCUGUGUGCCAUACAGGAUGGUUUUAUUCAUGGUGGAGAGUCCUAUAAGAAACACAUGAUGCAUCCUGCAUCCCUUCAGAACACUUGUAGAAAGUGAAGCAGCCAGAGUGUGAUUUAACUUCCAGGGUACCCUUCCCUAGUAAAGAAAUUGGUAACACUGAAAGCAAGAGAGGCAAAUGGAGAGCAGGAACUGAGAAAGAUAAAGUACAUAACAUCUGUUCAAAUAAAGUUACAGGGUGGGAACAUUUGGGAUGGUAAUACGGAAGAGGCAUUUAGUGCUUACAAAUGUUAAGGAAAGCGGUUGUAGAUGAUAAAGGUAAGUGCAAAAUAGCAGAUCUUAAUAGAAUGUAACAUUCUUCUGAUACUGGACCUUACAACGCUGUCUACAAGUUUAGUUCUAGCUCUGUUAUUUUGAUCUCUGAAUGUCAGAUUGAGCUAGAAAUAAAACGUGAAACAAGUGAGAAAGAGCAGCUGCUUUUAUAAAGAUGGACAGCAGUGUUUUGACAACCUAGAACUGUUAACAUAGUAUUGUUGAUGUACAUGUAACUCAUUCUAUCCUUCUCUGUAUUGCAUGUUGCAAUGCUUCACGAAUCCUAAAACCUCAAACAUUUUCUGUUCUUUUAGAAUGUGGGUGAAGAUAGGAUUUUUUUUUUUUUUUUCACAUAUAUCCACGAUAUUCUGUUAUUAGAUUUAUUAGAAUUGAAAAUAAAUCAGGUUGAGCUUUCAUGUUUCACGUAUGAUAGAAAGUGUGUUUUUUUUUUUUUUUAUGUUUUAUUUUGUGUGAGAAAAACAUACAGGUUUGAACGUUUUCAUAACUUUUUUUUUUUUCCCCCCCCUUCCAGGGUCCUCCUCAUAAUUGUGCCUUAAUAUUUGUGGACAACAGCGGCAUAGAUAUUAUUUUGGGGAUAUUUCCAUUUGUAAGAGAGCUUCUUUCCAGGGGUACUGAGGUAAUGUAAACACGACUGUUUAUUAUGCCCUUUCAGACUCUGAUAUGUGGCUUGUAAAUGGGUACUGAAUGAAUAUUUGGUUAUAUAUAAAAAGCAAAGCAAACUAGUUGUCAACCAUGCAAGAAUUAGUGUGAUUUGAUUAGACUCGAGCAAUGGUUUCUCUAUCAUUUCACAAUUUGGUUUAAUAAGACCUUUUUCCAACAAUCUAAUUUCUGCUUUUAAAUAUCUGCAACUAUAUUCUUCUCUGUAUUUCAAAAAUGUAUUUCUUAAUUUAACUUAAAAUGGUAAAGGGGAGGAGUCAUCAAUGUAAAUGUUGGCUGGUUCCACUGGUUUCCAUGGUGACCACCCCAUUUCUAGUACUUUAAAGAACACUAUUUUGCUGUAAACAAUGUCUUUUCAGAGAAAAUGCAGUGUUUACAUUACUGCUUAGGGACACCUACAAUGGCCAAUCCUCAGAGGGUCACUAGACAUGCUUUUGCUAAACUUGAACUUUCUCCAUAGCGAUGCAUCUCUGUGAGGAGAUGCUGUUUGGCUCCAUCCAUGUCCCGCCUCCUUGGUGAAGAUCAUCAGAAUUGACUAUCUCAGCUAAUCCAAUGCUUUUCUAUUUGAAAGCAUUGUGAUUGGCUGAUAUCAUCAAUUCUGAUGUCAGCCAAGGAGGUGGACAGGGGCGGAGCCAGUGCCGGCAGUCCUGCGCACCUCUGGAAAUAAUGUGUGUCUUUACUAGCUUUAAAGGGGGGCUAUAUACUUAGAUUAACACUUUACGGUCUGGAAUAAAGGUUUGUGUUUUUUUUAUAACACUUUUUAUACGUUACCCGUAAUGGAAGGUAGUCUUCUCCGACUACUUCUCUCUACAUAAGCUAAUCAACAAUGUACACAGUCCUUCUUACUUUUUUAUAACCAUUACGAACUUCCACCACCUACAGUAAAUAUGUAUUUUUUUUUUUUUGAGGGUGGACAUACUUUUUUCCAUUCUUCUGCAAGACCUCCCAGUUAACCUCCCAAUUGAAUAGGUGGUAAAUAGUGAUGUCCCGAACUGUUCGCCGAACGGUUCGCCGCGGACUCAUCAUUGAGUAAACGUUGACCCUGUACCUCACAGUCAGCAGACACAUUCCAGCCAAUCAGCAGCAGACCCUGCCUCCCACCUCCUGGAUAGCAUCCAUUGUGAAGCUGCAUUCUUAGUGAGCUGUCCAGGAGGUGGGAGAGUCUGGGAGGGAGGGUCUACUGCUGAUUGGCUGGACUGUGUCUGCUGACUGUGAGGUACAGGGUCAAAGUUUACUCAAUGAGGAGUCCGUGGCGAACCAUUCGGCGAACAGUUCGGUACAUCACUAGUGGUAAAUAAUGUAAUUGCAGUACUGGUUUUAACCUCAUGACCUCAAGAUACAUUCCCAGCAGAGUCAACUCAGCAUUUCACUCAUCUGAAAUCAAUAAAGAGUAUCACUCUGCUGCGAAUACCGUAAAGCCUGAGCUGCUGAAUUGGAGAUAGAACGAAUGCUGUUGGGAUAAUCGUAUUUCUUUGGAUUUUUUUUUUUUUUUAGGUGAUUUUGGCCUGUAACUCCGGGCCUGCUCUAAAUGAUGUAACAUUCAAUGAAUCUCUAAUAGUCGCUGAACGUAUUGCUGCAAUUGAUUCAAUAAUACAGUAAGCAUACAGAACACUCGUGCACCUUUAUUUAGUUAAAGAUCAUAUUAACUGCGCAAACUGGCCUUUUCCCAUCCUAUAUGACUGUUUUUUAUUAUCAUCACAUAGAGAAAUAUUGGGUAAAUUGGUUACAAAGCCAUCAAUAGACAAUUAUAAUCAGCGGUUUUAUCACUUGGGCUCUCAGCCUCCUAUAGUUAGAUGCUAACUCCUGCAUGUUCUUUUCUUAUUGGAUAUCUGAGCCUUUCUAUUUAUUUGUUCUUUCCUUACUGGCCGGCACAAAUUAGAUAAGUCCACAGCUGAUCCAUCCAGGAUAGAUACAACUUAGUUGUGUGUUUACCUAUCCUAUUAUGUUGUCAUUUUAAGAAAUGUUCUAUUCUUUGUGGAUUGUACCAGUAUUGGUAUUGAGAAUGGACCUUGUGAAGGCAAUGUAGAUAUGUUAUGUUUCAUUCAAUUGUUUUUUUUUUUGUUUAUUUCAAGGUCCGCGUUACAGGAAGACAAAUUAAUAUUGGUUCAAACAGGCACCAGCUCUCCUUGCUUAGACCUCAGGUAAGUUACCAAAAUGUAGAUGUCUGUGUUUCUACUCUCAGCCAGUCAUCACCAUCCAAGGUCAGACACUUGAUAAUGCUAGAGUGCAGUUUCCUCAUUAUCAGUGUAGAUCUAGAUAUAUAGAUAUAGUAUAGUAUUAUGCAAAUCUCUUAAGUAUCAAGGACCGAACAAUUCCUUCAUAACAAACAAACGUUAAAUACCCUAUUGAUAUAGCAGAACAAGUCUUGAGCAGAUAAGUUUGUAAAUGGAAAAAUAAGCAUUAUAUUCCAUGAUGGCCUUCCAUAUUAUUGGCUUUUAACCCCUUCCAAGGGUAUGGUCCUAUACACUGGAAUCGUGUGUAUACCAUUUUAACACUUGCAAGUGAAAUUUGUUUCUUCCAAACAAAUUUUAAUUUGCAAUCGCUGUGCAUACAUUAUUAGGGUGCUGCCGGGGCCAAUUAACAUAAAAGAUCUAAAGUGUGUUUCACAACUGAGUGUAUAUGGGACACAAUGUGUAGAAAAGAUGUAUAUUACAUAUUCAGAAAAGUUAUUUAUUUACAAUGCUUUUCUUCCAUGGACCCCUUGAUCACUGUACGAAGAGUGCUGUAACUUAAUUAUAUUUAAAUCAUCUGCUAUCUAGACAUACUGAAACAAAAUGCAUUUAAAGAUUGUGUUCCAAGACACCCAAAAAUACUCUGAAUCUGGUGGUAGUUUUUCUUCUCAAAUCGCUUGGUGGUAAGGGGGUGAACGUAUAUUUAUUUAGGUGCCAGCUAGGUGUUAGAAGUAUACGUGGUGGGCGAGUAGCCCUAAUGAGAUAAGUGUGCAGACCAGGAGGGAUUUUCUUGCCAGUGAUGUGGAGUCUGACUUCUAGAGCCAAAUCAAAUUUAUCAAGGUUUACUAUAAUAUAUUCAGCAAUUCAUAAUAGGUUAGAACUUUUUCCCUAAACUGUAAUCUGUACUGCAUAAAACAUCUGUCAGCACGUGGUGUUAAUAGAUUUUUUAAAACUAUAUAGCAGUUUUGAAUAUACUACACUAAUAAUCUGAAAGUUCCAAUGCUACGCGAUGAUAAAGCAGGUCUCCGAUGUGCAGUUAUGUUAACAGGUAGUCAUGCCUCAUCCAUUAAUCAAUAACAGAUGGAGCCUAUUACCAUAUCUUUCCUGCUGCUUCAGAAAAGCUUUAAUCCCAUUAUUAGUGGACAAAAAUGUAGAACAGAGACAGGAGGCCUCUCAGGAACAAAAAAAAAAAGCAUACAUUACUUUAACUUUCUAACUCUGCAAACAUUUGUCUGCAGGCGUAGCAGAAAUUGCCUAGCUUUUAUUUUUCUGUUUUUAUAAAUGAAAGACCGGUAAAUGCUUUUUUAUUCUGGUAUCAGUUGAUCAAAUCCUUACUUGCUUUACUGGCCAGAUGCACAAUUCUACCCUCACUUUCUUUUAUCAACGUUUAACUAAUUAACCUGUUCAGAAUGAACAGCAUUCUUAAUGCAUAUUCUGUAAUAGCUGGGUUUAUAAUUGUAACCAACCAGCACUCAUACCAAUAUGAAUUAAGAUCCUCAAACUAUGGAUUCUGGAAUUUAUAUACAGAGCUCAUCAAAACUUAACUACAUUAUUUCAAUGGAUUUAUAUAUUUUGCUAAUUCUGAGGGUUUUUUUUUUUUUUUUAAUUAUGUUCUAAUCUUAAUUUUAUUUGAAGAAGACACAACAAAGUGUUACAACAGAAUUACAAUGCAAUUUUAAGGGUUACCCGAACUAAAAAUAUAGUGUUUAAAGAAAACAUUAUUUUCGGUCACUUACAACUCACCUCCGCUUCAGUGCCUUGGCCGCCGCUAGUUUUUCCUGUAGCCCAAUCGUCCCCUGCUGAGGUCACUCCCUCUAGCUUCAGAAGGGUGGAUGUCAGAGAUGGGGGGGCUGAGGGUAGGACAUUAAUGGGUCGCUUGCGGUCAUUGGCUGUCUAGUGCCAACAUGUUGUGUGUGCUGACAACAGAUACCAAAUAUGCACAGAUUUGACGUUAACCUCUCGUGCCACAUGUGUAACUCCAUCUUCUGGGCUAGCUAAACCCUGUAUGGGCAGCAUUUCAUUGCGAAAUGCUGCACGUACACACCGCAGGCACCAUAACCACUUCAAAGCAGUUAAGUGUAUUCUUUCCAUAUGAGACCAAUUCCACAAAUGGAGGCAGUCCAAAGCUAAAAUGUCAGCUAGGUCAACUCUGCACAAGAGUUGCAGCGACUUCCCGUGAUGUUUUUGUUGAUGCCCAUGGUGUGUGAUGGUUUUGUGCUUGUAGUCUUAGUGCAGAGGCCCAAAUGGAGCAAAAACUAUGUUCGCUGAGCACAGUUGUAUAGUUCACAACACUCUUCGUACAGUGAUCCAGGGGUCCACAGAAGAUUACCCUCUAGACAAGUGGUUUCCAAACCAGUCCUGAAGGCACGCCUACCAGUCCAGGAUUUAGAGAUUACCCAGUUGUGUGAGUGUUUGUUUUUUUCCUUUUUUUUUUUUCCUGCUUGCCUUGAGGACUGGUUUGGAAACCACUGCUCUAGACCUACACAAAUGGGGUGUUGAUAGGAACAUUUUUCCAAAAAAAGCUAAAUCAAGGUUAAAAUGUUCAGAUCGGUGCAGUGGGCAACAUUUAUGCUAACUUAUCACGUUUUGAUAUAGUCUGAAAGUUGUGAAAUUGUAAUUAUUUUUAUUUUAAAUCUGGUUAGCACAAUAAAAAGAUGGGUUCUUAUCAGUUAUGUUGCACCAUGUCCUACUUUUGUGAUUGGUAAACUCUGCCCACACCACUUACACAGUCACUCCACUUGUACAUUCACCAAUUCCCCCUUUCCGAUGAUUUUCUAAUUUCUUAACAUUUAACAUUUUUAUCUUUAAACAUUGUGUGUUUUUGUUAAUUUAAAAGCCUUCCACCUAUUUUUUGCAUUUGUUCUCUGCAGCCGCUUAGACAAAGGCCUUGCCAUGCUUGUCAAGGAAAGAAACACUGAUCUGGUCAUCAUAGAAGGCAUGGGUCGAGCCAUCCACACGAAUUACUACGCAACCUUCCAGUGCGAGAGCUUAAAACUGGCUGUUAUCAAGAAUUCCUGGCUUGCCGAGAGACUGGGUGGAAAACUUUUUAGUGUGGUAUUCAAAUAUGAAACUCCUCCUAAGUGAGGACACUACCAGCUCUUAUAGAUCCAUUCCUCGCACAUUUUAUUCAUUGAUUGUAAAAAAAAAAAAACAAAACCACACAUAUAUAUAUAUAUAUUAUAAAUUUUUAUUACCAAGGGGUGGGACGUUAAACUUGCUGUAUUUAUAUUGUGCUUUUGUUCAAAUUUAAAAAGGGCACUGUGCGGCAGUAUAAAUAAAUUUAAAUUAUAUAUACAUUAUUCUUUGCACAUAAUUAGUCAUUCUUUUGCUUUCUAUAAGUAUGACAUUCUCUGUUUAUAAGUAAGUAGUACAAAUUAUAUGUUUAAUGAAUGUAGGUUGAUGACCGCUGUAGAUCAUUUGUUGAGUAAAUUCUUUAGAAAUUCCAAAUCUUUUUAAUGUUUACUUUCCCCCAUAUUCAACAAAAUAUGUU